AUGAAUCAAGCUCUUGAUUCCAAAACAUUGGAGGAUUCUUUGCUAAUCGUCAAGCAGCAGAUUACCUUGAUGAGAAAAUGUCUUGAGAGCAAAAACCCACAAUUUAUGGACGCUUUGAAACAUGCCUCCACGUUCCUAUCGGAAUUACGUACUAACAAGUUGAGCCCCAAACUCUACUACGAAUUGUAUGUGUUGGUGUUUGACGGUCUAGCUUAUUUGUCUGACUUCCUCAAAGAAUCUCAUCAAACCAACCAUUUGGCCGAUUUGUAUGAGCUAGUACAAUACGCAGGGAAUAUUGUUCCACGUCUAUACUUAAUGAUCACGAUUGGGUCGGUGUACAUGUCAAUUGAAAAUGCUCCGAAGCUAGAAAUCAUGAAAGACAUGCUGGAGAUGUCUGCCGGUGUUCAGGAUCCAAUUAGAGGAUUGUUUUUGAGAUAUUAUCUGUCUCAGAAGACUAAGGAGCUGUUGCCAACAGAAACAGAAAGUGAACUGAAGGAGACAAUUCAGUUUACAAUUACCAACUUUAUCGAAAUGAACAAGCUAUGGGUUCGUCUCAAGCACCAAGGCCAUUCCAGUGAACGUGAAAGAAGGUUGAAAGAGAGAAAAGAAUUGCAGAUUUUGGUAGGAUCCAAUCUGGUUCGUAUUUCGCAGUUGGACCAAAUCGACAAGUUCUAUUACAAAGAAUCGAUUUUACCAAAAGUCUUGGAGCAAAUUGUUCAAUGUAAAGAUUCCUUGGCUCAAGAGUAUCUUCUGGAUGUGAUUAUCCAAGUAUUUCCUGAUGAGUUCCAUCUUCUCACCUUAGACGACUUCUUACAAUCAACCUUGCACCUCAGUGAAGGUUUUAGUAUGAACAAGAUCUUGGUUACUCUGAUAAAUCGUCUAAUUGACUUUCAGAAACGAGAACCAGCUAAUGUCAAAGUUAUCAUAAGUGAGUUAUCAACACUAACCCUCCAAAAGGAUGAGCACGAAGAGAACCAUACUGAGGAGAGUGAUUCCGAGACGACAAAACCACAAACUAGCUCUAAUCUUUUUGAGAAGUUUUACGAUUAUUCUCACCUGUUAGUAGAAAACAAACCUGAGCUAAACUUCAAAGAUCUGAGUUUAAUAUUGGAGGCAAUUUGUAAACUGUCUCUUAGUUACUAUCCCCAAGAUUAUGAAAACAUCAACAAAGUUUUUGGUUUUGCCCUUGCAUUGAUCCACCAGACGACCCAGCAUUUAGAGAUUUGGGAACCUUUAUUGAAGACCCCAAUAUGUUACAACUUUGACCCCAAGUUGGUACUGUCGCUGGAUGACAAUUAUAAACAGUUUGCUAGUGCCCUUCCAACAGCAAUACAAAGCGCCAAUGCAUUGUACAUCCUGGAGAAGUUUUUGGAACAGGAUGUGAGACUAUCAACGGUAGAAGAAGUAAAGACGCUUUACGAGCUUUUGGCUGUGUGGUUCACUUCCGAGGACUCAUCUGAUUCUAACACUAACUCUCUUCUUUUUGGAACAGAUAGCAGCAAGAAUGAACCCGAUGAAUCUCCUGAAGUUGUAUCACAAUAUGAGGCGCUAGCCAAAUCGAUACAUCUGAUUCAUCACACCAAUCCCUACAAGCAUUUUGAAUUACUAGAAAUUGCAAAGUCGUUUAUGUCAAAGUCUGGAUCAAGAGUCAGGUACACCUACCCAACGUUGCUGUUUGCUGUUAUUAAGUUGAUUCGCAAACUAACCAUCGUACAGAAGUUGAAUGCUUUGAAAUUGAAACAAUUCUGCCAAUUCUUCUCGGCAACGAACACAGAGUUAUUGACGUUAGUCUCUAAUGGAACUUUACAAUCUGAGGGAGGAGUGUUGGCUCAAACUUGUAUGAACUUGAACCUUUCGAUGGCUUUGAUAUUGGAUCAAUCGUCACAUAUCGAUCUAUCUUAUGAAUUUUUUAUAAACAGUUUUGUCAUUUACGAAGAGUCUAUUGUGGAUUCUAGAUUGCAGUUCCAGUGUCUACUAAGUAUCAUCGGCACCCUCCAUAAGUGCAGAAACAUUGUUAAUGGUAAUGAAGACAAUUUUGAUGUUUUGAUCAGCAAGACUGCGCUCUAUGGUUCCAAGCUACUGAAAAAGACAGAUCAAUGCCGUGCAGUUUAUCUGGCUAGUCAUUUGUGGUGGAUUAUCGAAGAGCUGGAUGAGGAAGACGAGAUAGAGUCAGAGACAGCCAAAACUAGUGAGGAUGAACUGCAGGUUGUGAUUAAAACUGAUAACAAGAAAGUUCUAGAAUGCCUGCAAAAGUCCCUUCGGAUAGCAGACUCCUGCUUGGAGACAAAUGUCUCACUGGAACUGUUUGUGGAGAUUCUAAGUAGAUCUCUUUACUUUUUCAUACAUGGCAACGAACUCAUCACCAUCAAGUAUCUCAAUGGCUUGAUUGAACUCAUCCAAAACAGUAUCCUGACAAUCGGUGAGGAGAAUACAAGCAUCGAUACUCCAACGAAACACUUCCAACGGACUCUGGAAUACAUUCGCCAACAGGCACAAAUCGACUCUCGAUUUGAGGAAAUAAAAGAUAGAUAA